GAAUAUUCGAAAAUAUCUGUCGAUUACGUUUUUGGCGGUUCUAACAAUAUCUCAUUGCAAUGCAUCGAAAAUACUUGCAGCAUUUGUUUUCCCUGGCAAAAGUCAUUUUAUGAUGCAUACAGUGCUUAUAAAAGAGCUUCUUAAGAGAGGCCAUGAGGUAACUUUUAUAACAGGUAUGCCACUUGGAAAAAAUCUUGGAGAAAACUAUACGGAAAUACUGAUACCAGAAAAUGAGUUUUGGCCUGAAGUUCAAAAAAUGUUGAAGACCAAAUCGGUAUAUGACCUUGCCAGCAUGACAUUAUACGAUUUCCUAAAAAUGUGCGAUUUAAUUGGAACACUUAGUACCGAAUUUGCCCUGCAGCAGCCAGCAGUUCAGGAAAUAUUUCGCCGCAAUGACACAAAGAAUGUCUAUGAUUUACUAAUUGUUGAACAAUUUUAUCAAGAAGCUUUUUUGGCUUUAGCUGUGAAAUAUGAUAUACCAACAAUUGCAUCCAGUACUUUGGGGCAUCAGAAUUUCAUGAGUCAAAUGAUGGGUGUCAUUACUCCAUGGUCAUUUGUUCCUCAUGGAUCCUUGCCAUUGGAUGAUAAAAUGAAUUUCUGGGAAAGAGUUUACAAUACAAUGGCAUCACUCUACGAUGAUUAUUUUAGAGAGUUUGUGUACUUCCCGAAACAAGAUGCUUUGGUACAGAAAUAUCUGUCACAUUUACCAAUGAAAAUUCCUUCGGUCUCGGAAAUGAAGAAAAAUGCAUCUGUUUUACUGCUGAAUAGUUUUGUGCCACUUAAUUCUCCAAGACCAGCAACUUUAGGAAUGGUUGAGGUCGGUGGAAUGCAUAUUUACCCACCAAAGGCACUUCCAGCUGAUAUUAAAGGAUUCUUAGAUGGAGCCAAGCAUGGAGCAAUCUAUUUCAGCUUAGGAAGUCAAGUUCAAAGUGCCCAUAUGCCACCAGAAAAGUUAAAAGCCUUCCUUGCAGUCUUUUCGAAAUUGAAACAAAGAAUUUUGUGGAAAUUCGAAGAUGAUUCUUUAACAGAUUUACCAAGGAAUGUUAUGAUCAAAAAAUGGAUGCCACAGGGUGAUAUUCUAGCUCAUCCAAACGUCAAGUUGUUUAUUACACAUGGAGGACUUUUUGGCAGUCAGGAGGGUGUGCAUUAUGGAGUUCCAAUGCUGGGAAUACCAAUUUAUUGUGAUCAGUACCUCAACAUAAACAAAGCUACCAAAGCUGGAUAUGCCUUAACAUUGAAUUUCAAUGAUAUCACAAGUGAAAAACUUGAAUACUCUUUGAAGGAACUUUUGGAAAAUCCCAAAUAUCAAAAUAGAAUGAAAGAAGUUUCAGCAGUGUUUCGUGAUCGUCCAUUGAGUGCUCGGGACUCAGCAAUGUAUUGGAUUGAAUAUGUCAUUAGGCAUAAAGGAGCACGACAUAUGCGUUCAGCUGGCCUUGAUUUGGCUUGGUAUGAAUUUUAUUUGUUGGAUGUAAUUGGAUUUUUUGCACUGGUUAUAUUUGGUACAAUUGGUGCAAUUGUUUUGGUGAUAAAGAUGCUAUUAGGAAGUAAAAAAAAUAAGGAUAAUAAGAAAAAAAUAAAUUAAGCUAGAAAAUUUAAAAUUUUGUUU